UGUUCAGAGACGUACAACAAAAUGCGAAGUGUCUCGAUGAUCACAGACUGUUUGAUACCAUUGCAGAAUCUGCUAAGGACUGCAUACUCGACUCUAAGCCUUCUUCAGGCAAACACUACAGUGAGUGUCGAGAAGCAAGAAUCGCGCAGUGGUGCACUGUGAGGUCGUACUUUGCACACUGUGGUCAAGCGGCUGGCGAACUCGCCUUUGAAAUCUCUGAAAGGAUUCUCAACUCUUCGCCUCGAUAUCAAUGCCCUAGUACCGACCCACACAACGACCUGAAACGUGGGUUUGACCUUUUAGGGAAGAGGUUUGUGUGA